AUGAAACGCUUGCUGAUCUACAGCCAAGCUCUCAGAGUGAAGCGAAUAUGCUCCACCGUAGAAGAACAUGACAAACGAGCUAGUCAACAAAUUUGCACAGAAUAUUUGAGUUCAAACCAGUUAAACACUUACGAUCCUGAUACGUUUAAUGGACUUACUUCUCUUAAUAUAUUAGUAUCGGAUGAGUUUAGUAUCUGUUGCAUUAUGAAACAUGUUCCCGACUGCCGUCCUGUUGCUGAUCAAUUUUCCUCUUGUAAAAAUCUCUUGAAGACUGAAGCUUUGCGGAUCCUGAUGAUGAUUCUGGGAGUUUCUGCCCUCAUCGGUAACGUAACUGUUAUUAUACUGCGCUUGCUGGAAAAUAAAUUUAAUGUCCAAACCAUACUCAUAACUAGUCUUGCUGUAUCUGACUUGUUGAUGGCGGUUUACAUGAUAAUCAUAGCAGGAGCUGACCUUCACUACAGGGGGCUGUACGCAACGUUUUCACAGGCUUGGAGAAACAGCUUCCUUUGCAGUUUCGCUGGGUCUAUUGCUACACUCUCCAGCGAAUGCUCAGUAUUUAUUUUGAUGAUUAUGAGUAUUUACCGUGCAAUUAACAUAGCUUAUCCGUUCAGUAGCAUUCGCCUCAAUCGUAAAAGGUGCAUUAAAACUGUCAGCAUUGUCUGGCUGGUCUGUAUUUUUAUUAGUUUUCUUCCGAUGUUCGGCAAACUAAGCUUCAUCAACAUACAGUAUUUUGGAGUUAACUACUAUGGAAGAAAAGGUGUGUGUCUGGCACUGCCGCUAACAAGAGACCGGUUACCAGGCUGGGAAUACGCCAUAGCGAUUUUUAUUGCCUUCAAUCUCCUUGGAUUCUUCGUCAUCGCCGUGAGUUAUAUCUCAAUUUAUAUAUCCGUAAAAAGAACAGCAUCGAGGGCUAACAGAAAUCAACUGCACGCAGAAGAGAUAAAGAUGGCAACCAAGAUGGCAAUGAUCGUCCUAACUGAUUUUUGUUGCUGGUUUCCAAUUAUCAUAAUGGGAAUUGGUUCCGAGUUUGGUGCCUGGAAGCUCCCACCUGACAUAUACGCAUGGUCAGCAACCUUUAUUUUGCCCAUUAACUCCUCUCUCAACCCAUACCUUUAUACAAUCGCUUAUAAGUGUCACAGAAAGAAAAAGUCUCCGAAACCGGCCUUGAUAGAAAUGCGUUGCCACCAUAGCCAUGCAGUAAAAUAA